AUCCUAAUUUUGCGGUCAUAAUUUUGCCCACAGAAGCUGUCUACAAAAUCCACGUAGAGAUAUAUAUAUAUAUAUAUGUAUAUGGAUGAUCCUCUAUAGUUCCUCUUCAAUCUCCAACAAUGGUGAAGGCUUCCUUCAAAGCUAGAUAUGAGCCGGACAAAGUCGCCGCAGCGGCUACUGUGACCGUCAACACUGGAGACGUCAAGCUCCGUGCUUCCAUUACCGACGCCACUAUCGUCAAUGGCCCUACCUUGAACGGACUGGCUUUAGGAGUCGAGAAACCUGGUUUCUUCAUCGUUGACUACAACGUCCCCAAAAAGGAUUUUAGGUUUCAGUUUAUGAACACCAUCAAAUUGGCUGAGAAGCCAUUGAAUUUGACUUACACUCACAGUAAAGGCGAUGAGCGGACGGUGUUGGAUGGUUCAUUGGUGAUUGAUCCAGAUAAUAAGGUCUCCGCGAAUCAUGUGCUUGGCACAGGGGAUACAAAAUUCAAGUAUACCUAUAUCCAUGGAGGAUUGACAACAUUCGAGCCCUGCUAUUGUCUGGUGGGAAAUACUUGGAAUCUUUCCGUUUCACGCAAGUUUUACGGGAACGAUGUGUUCAGGGCUACCUAUCAGGCGUCAAGCAAGAACUUGGGGCUGGAGUGGCUAAGGAGUUCCAAGGUGAAUGGAUCGUUUAAGAUCAUUGCAUCCAUGAAUUUGGCAGAUGAAAAGAAAGUGCCUAAAGUGGCUGUUGAGACAACCUGGGACUUGGAAAUAUAGUUCCAAAAACUAUUUUGUAAAGCUGUAAUGAAAGUAAGUUUUCACUUCUACAAUUUGUUUUAUAUGUUUUAAUUGGCUUAGUAGUGUCAAACUUCGACUUAUUGAACUCAUUUGGCCGUAUGCCAUUAAAAAGUUUGCAUUAUACUUGCAAUUUUAGGGGUGAAAAGUACCUGUAAAUUUUAUUUUAUUUUAUUUUAUUUUCUGGCAAUUGUGUAAUAAUCAAUUAAUAAUAAUGAAAAAGUAAAUAUAGUUUUAGAGUGAUA